GUGGCUGCUGGCGCCUGGUCAGCGCGGCCGUGACCCGAGGGCCUCACCACCGUGGUCUCCCCGUAGCUCCUGCUAGCCAGUUUUCUUUCCUUUCCCCAUUUUCUCUUUCCCCGAGUAACAGCUUAGAACAAUUGUGUUCUGUCCGUAAGAAACAUUUUUCUUUCCUUCGCUCAGUGCUUUCACAGUUGCCCCGGAGUGGGAGGGGGGUGUGUCCCUCCCCGGAAUCAGGCUCCAGGACCUCCCGCAGCGCGGCGAGCAGGUUCCCAGAGACCCGGGCUCUUGGGGCUACCCUUGCUUUGUCCUCCGGCCUCCGACUGCGCAGAGGUGGACGCUUGGGCCCCAGCCCCGAGUGCUCCCCUCUGGGGACUGAAACACACCCGGAAUCUGGCUUCUCGGUCUCUGUAUCUCGACCUUUCUGUUUCUGCAAGCCUCGGGAGCUGGGGAUUCAGGGCUUCUGUGGCAUUCAGCCCUCGACUGUUUGUAGGGUUCCUCAGAUCCCGGGUCCCUGACUUGGCCUUGGGGGCGCGCUCCCGGCCCUGGAACCCAGGCCUGCGCCGCCAGCCUCGCCCCGACCGCCUCUCUCCAGACGGCGUCGGCUUCCCCGGGCCCUGGCACUAGCCUUCCGGACACGCGACCCUCCAAACUUAGGCUGGAUUUCUCUCGCCAGCGCGCUCCCGCACGCCUCCCCUAGCCCGCUGCGGAGCUCUUAACUUGGAGGCUCAACUCUCAACUUCGGGGUCGGUGAGUGUGUGUGUGUGUGUGUCGGGCGGAGUGGAGCGGGGAGCAAGUCUUGCUCCCCCUCCCUCCUCUCCCCCACACCGCCGCCCCUUUCUUCUCUCCGGGCCACGCCACCGCCGCGGCGCUCGCUGCGGCCACUGGCACUGAUGAAGAUAUUUUCUCUGGAGUCUCCCUCUUUCUAACCCGGCUCUCCCGAUGUGAACCGAGCCGUCGUCCGCACGCCGCCGCCGCCGCCGCCGCCCGCCCCGCAGCCCACCAUGUCUCGCCGCAAGCAAGGCAAACCCCAGCACUUAAGCAAACGGGAAUUCUCGCCCGAACCUCUUGAAGCCAUUCUUACAGAUGAUGAAGCAGACCACGGCCCGUUGGGAGCUCCAGAAGGGGACCAUGACCUUCUCACCUGUGGGCAGUGCCAGAUGAAUUUCCCAUUGGGGGACAUUCUUAUUUUUAUCGAGCACAAACGGAAACAAUGCAAUGGCAGCCUCUGCUUAGAAAAAGGUGUGGAUAAGCCGCCUUCCCCUUCUCCCAUCGAGAUGAAAAAGGCAUCCAAUCCUGUGGAGGUUGGCAUCCAGGUCACGCCAGAGGAUGACGAUUGUUUAUCAACGUCAUCUAGAGGAAUUUGCCCCAAACAGGAACACAUAGCAGAUAAACUUCUGCACUGGAGGGGCCUGUCCUCUCCUCGGUCUGCACACGGAGCUCUAAUCCCCACGCCCGGGAUGAGUGCAGAAUAUGCCCCGCAGGGUAUUUGUAAAGAUGAGCCCAGCAGCUACACAUGUACAACUUGCAAACAGCCAUUCACCAGUGCAUGGUUUCUCUUGCAACACGCACAGAACACUCAUGGAUUAAGAAUCUACUUAGAAAGCGAACACGGAAGUCCCCUGACCCCGCGGGUUGGUAUCCCUUCAGGACUAGGUGCAGAAUGUCCUUCCCAGCCACCUCUCCAUGGGAUUCAUAUUGCAGACAAUAACCCCUUUAACCUGCUAAGAAUACCAGGAUCAGUAUCGAGAGAGGCUUCCGGCCUGGCAGAAGGGCGCUUUCCACCCACUCCCCCCCUGUUUAGUCCACCACCGAGACAUCACUUGGACCCCCACCGCAUAGAGCGCCUGGGGGCGGAAGAGAUGGCCCUGGCCACCCAUCACCCGAGUGCCUUUGACAGGGUGCUGCGGUUGAAUCCAAUGGCUAUGGAGCCUCCCGCCAUGGAUUUCUCUAGGAGACUUAGAGAGCUGGCAGGGAACACGUCUAGUCCACCGCUGUCCCCAGGCCGGCCCAGCCCUAUGCAAAGGUUACUGCAACCAUUCCAGCCAGGUAGCAAGCCACCCUUCCUGGCAACGCCCCCCCUCCCUCCUCUGCAAUCCGCCCCUCCUCCCUCCCAGGCCCCGGUCAAGUCCAAGUCAUGCGAGUUCUGCGGCAAGACGUUCAAAUUUCAGAGCAACUUGGUGGUGCACCGGCGCAGCCAUACUGGCGAGAAGCCCUACAAGUGCAACCUAUGCGACCACGCGUGCACACAGGCCAGCAAGCUGAAGCGCCACAUGAAGACACACAUGCACAAAUCGUCCCCCAUGACGAUCAAGUCGGACGACGGCCUCUCCACAGCCAGCUCCCCUGAACCUGGCACCAGCGACCUGGUGGGCAGCGCCAGCAGUGCGCUCAAGUCAGUGGUGGCCAAGUUCAAGAGUGAGAACGACCCCAAUUUGAUCCCAGAGAACGGGGACGAGGAGGACGACGAGGAAGAAGAGGAAGAGGAGGAAGAGGAGGAAGAGGAGGAGGAGGAGCUGACGGAGAGCGAGAGGGUGGACUACGGCUUCGGGCUGAGCCUGGAGGCUGCGCGCCACCAUGAGAACAGCUCUCGGGGCGCAGUGGUGGGCGUGGGCGACGAGGGCCGCGCCCUGCCCGAUGUCAUGCAGGGCAUGGUGCUCAGCUCCAUGCAGCACUUCAGCGAGGCCUUCCACCAGGUCCUGGGCGAGAAGCAUAAGCGCAGCCACCUGGCCGAGGCCGAGGGCCAUAGGGACACUUGCGACGAAGACUCGGUGGCCGGCGAGUCAGACCGCAUAGACGAUGGCACUGUUAAUGGUCGUGGCUGCUCCCCCGGCGAAUCGGCUUCGGGGGGUCUGUCCAAAAAGCUGCUGCUGGGUAGCCCCAGCUCGCUGAGCCCCUUCUCCAAGCGCAUCAAGCUGGAGAAGGAGUUUGACCUGCCCCCGGCUGCGAUGCCUAACACGGAGAACGUGUAUUCGCAGUGGCUCGCUGGCUAUGCGGCCUCCAGGCAGCUCAAAGAUCCCUUCCUUACCUUCGGAGACUGCAGACAAUCGCCUUUUGCCUCCUCGUCAGAGCACUCCUCGGAGAACGGGAGCUUGCGCUUCUCCACGCCGCCUGGGGAGCUGGACGGAGGGAUCUCGGGGCGCAGCGGCACGGGAAGUGGAGGGAGCACGCCCCAUAUUAGUGGUCCGGGCCCGGGCAGGCCCAGCUCAAAAGAGGGCAGACGCAGCGACACUUGUGAGUACUGUGGGAAAGUCUUCAAGAACUGUAGCAAUCUCACUGUCCACAGGAGAAGCCACACGGGCGAAAGGCCUUAUAAAUGCGAGCUGUGCAACUAUGCCUGUGCCCAGAGUAGCAAGCUCACCAGGCACAUGAAAACGCAUGGCCAGGUGGGGAAGGACGUUUACAAAUGUGAAAUUUGUAAGAUGCCUUUUAGCGUGUACAGUACCCUGGAGAAACACAUGAAAAAAUGGCACAGUGAUCGAGUGUUGAAUAAUGAUAUAAAAACUGAAUAGAGGUAUAUUAAUACCCCUCCCUCACUCCCACUUGAUGCCCCCCUUCACCCCUCCCCCAUUGUCCUUCUAGCCCUACUCCCUGUAGGAUUUUUUCUAGUCCCAUGUGAUCAAACAAACAAACAGACAAACAACAGAAGUAAUGGAAGCUAAGAAUAUGAAUGAGUGCUUGUCACCAGCACACCUGGUUUUUUGCUUUUUGGUUGUUUUUUUUUUUUCCUUCUUUUUCUUCUUUUUUUUUAAAUUUUAAAUUCUUUAUGUUCUCACCGUUUGAAUGCAUGUUUGGGGCAAUACUAUUGCAUUUUACGCAAACUUUGAGCCUUUCUCUUGUGCAAUAAUUUACAUGUUGUGUAUGUUGUUUUUUCCCCUUAGACAGUAUGUAUGGUAUGUUAUGGCUAUUUUAAAUUGUCCCUAAUUCAUUAUGAGCAAACAUGUUGCUGUUUCCAGUUCCGUUCUGAGAGUGCGAGAGAGGGAGGGUAAAAAACAAAUCAUGCUGCAUAAUUCUGUAAUAUAUAUCAUGUCCAGCUUUAUUUUAUAACAUGAGGAGGGAACAGUGUUUGGGUUAACCAACCCUCUACAGACAGAACAGAUAGCACUGAAAAAAAAUGUGCUAAAUUUCUGUCUCUAAAGGGUUACAUGUAUUAAUUGGAGAGGGAAAAAAGGCCUUGAAUUGACAAAUUAACAGAAGAACAAGUUUAUUCUAUCAUUUGGCUUUUAAAAUGAGUGCCUUGGAUCUAUUCAAACCAUGUUGAUGGUUUUUUCUGCUUGUUAUAAACUUGUAGCUUAAUCCAGCAUUGGGUGAGGUAAUAAACUUUAGGACCUAGCAUGUAAUUCUGUGUUGUAUUUCUCACAACAAUGGCUACCUAAAAAUAUGACCCAUUAUGUCCUAGCUAAUCAUCGAUUUUUGCCUUUAACUUUGUGAACAAAAACUGAUUAUACCAGUAUAAAAGCUACUUUGCUCCUGGUGAGAGCAUAAAAGAAAUGGGCUGUUUUGCCUAAAGUUUUAUUUUAUUUUAUUUUAUUUUUUAAAUGGUUAUCAAAUUGAAUGUGAAAUGUGCAAAGGCCCUGGAAUGUGAUGAAAUACAUUAGCAAGAAAUUCAUCUUAUGACAAUACUUGUUUAGAAGGAUACAUUUAAUGAAAUUUUGGCGCCAGAAGAAGUAGAUCCAGCUCCAGUUGGUUGUCGAAUGGACAAUCGAAUGAUAAAGCCCUUUAGAGAACAUUUGAAAGAACAGGCUGAUAUAGUGAGAGAGAGAGAGGGAGAAAGGGAGAGACAGAAAACAGUAGUGAUUUGUUAGCACAAUGUGGUACUGCUUGCCAUUUGAAACUAGAACAGGUGUAUAAGCGACUAGUGAUACAAUGAUGAUUAGCUAUGAAUCUCUAAGACUUACAUUUAAUGUGACAUUCUUCAAAAGAGAAGAGGAAGACCUUUAAGAGCAGCAGUAUCUAUGUCUGUGCUCCCUGAAAGUUGUACUUCAUUUCUUUUCCAUACACUGUGUGCUAUUUGUGUUAACAUGGAAGAGGAUCCAUUGUUUUUAAUUUUGUUUUAUUCUUUCUUCCUUCCUUUCUUUCUUUUUUCUUCCUUCUUUGUUUUAAGCUAGCAUCUGCCCCAGUUGGUGUUCAAAUAGCACUUGACUCUGCCUGUGAUACCUGUAUCUUUUCUCUAAUCAGAGAUACAGAGGUUGAGUAUAAAAUAAACCUGCUCAGAUAGGACAAUUAAGUGCACUGUACAGUUUUCCCAGUUUACAGGUCUUUAUUAAGGGAAACGUUGCAAGAAUGCUGAAAAAAAAAUUGAACACAAUCUCAAUGAUGAGCAUUAAAAUAAUAAUAAUAAAAAACAAACAAACCUAAAAAAAAAAAAAAAAAAACUAAGACAAACGUUGCCAGCCAUUUACUUGACUAAUGAGCUUACUCACUUGGACGCAACAUUGCAAGCGCUGUGGAUGGAAACAACAUACUUAACAUAGAAACGAAUGACUCUUUCACUUCUACAGUGCAAGGAUUUUUGUACAAAACUUUUUUAAGUAUAAAUGUUAAGAAAAGAAUUUUUAAAAAGACACGUCAUUAUGUUUAGGGGGGAACAGCAUUUUAGAGUUCCAUUGUCUUGGUGGUGUUACAAGACCUGUUAUCCAUUUAAAAAUGGUAGUGGAAAUUCUAUGCCUUGGAUCACACACCGCUCUUCAGGUUGUAAAAAAGAAAAAUAAAAAACAUACAUGGGGAAAGGUUUAAGAUUAUAUAGUACUUAAAUAUAGGAAAAUGCACACUCAUGUUGAUUCCUAUGCUAAAACACAUUUAUGGUCUUUUUUCUGUAUUUCUAGAAUGGUAUUUGAAUUAAAUGUUCAUCUAGUGUUAGGCACUAUAGUAUUUAUAUUGAAGCUUGUAUUUUUAACUGUUGCUUGUUCACUCAAAAGGUAUCAAUGUACCUUUUUGUUAGUAGAAAAAAAAGACAGGCUGCCACAGUAUAUUUUUUUAAUUUGGCAGGAUAAUAUAGUGCAAAUUAUUUGUAUGCUGAGAGAGAGAGAGAGAGAGAGAGAGAGAGAGAGAGAGAGAGAGAGAGAGAGAGAGGUGUGACAUUGUACAGAGAAGCCAUAUAAUGGCCGUUUGGGGAGCCUGCUAGAAUGUCACAUGGAUGGCUGUCAUAGGGGUUGUACAUAUUCUUUUUUUCCCUUUUCCUGCUGCCAUGCUGUAUGCAGUACUGCAAGCUAAUAGCGUUGGUUUGUUAUGUAGUGUGCUUUUGCCCCUCUUCCCCGAUCACCCGACAUUCCAGCAUCUUACCUUCAUAUGCAGUAAAAGAAAGAAAGAAAAAAAAAGGAAAAAAAAAACACAAUGUUUUGCAGUUUUUUUCAUUGCCAAAAACUAAAUGGUGCUUUAUAUUUAGAUUGGAAAGAAUUUCAUAUGCAAAGCAUAUUAAAGAGAAAGCCCGCUUUAGUCAAUACUUUUUUGUAAAUGGCAAUGCAGAAUAUUUUGUUAUUGGCCUUUUCUAUUCCUGUAAUGAAAGCUGUUUGUCGUAACUUGAAAUUUUAUCUUUUACUAUGGGAGUCACUAUUUAUUAUUGCUUAUAUGCCCUGUUCAAAACAGAGGCACUUAAUUUGAUCUUUUAUUUUUCUCUGUUUUUAUUAUUUUUUUAUUUGGAUGACCAAAGGUCAUUGCAACCUGGCUUUUUACUGUAUUUGUUUCUGGUCUUUGUUAAGUUCUAUUGGAAAAACCACUGUCUGUGUUUUUUUGGCAGUUGUCUGCAUUAACCUGUUCAUACACCCAUUUUGUCCCUUUAUUGAAAAAAAAUAAAAAAAUUAAAGUACAA